AUGCAUAGGAUUGCUAUCAGAAGAAUUAUAGAUAAUAUUUUGAGGUCGAAGCCGGUGCUCCAGAUCCCGGCGUAUCCGGACCCGGUGGAGUUGGAUUCGGUCCUCCGGAGCCUGGAGGCGUGCCCGCCGCUGGUGUUCGCUGGCGAGGCGCGGAAGCUGGAGGAGAGGCUCGCCGAGGCUGCGUUCGGCCGUGCGUUCUUGCUUCAGGGGGGCGACCGCACCGAGAGCUUCAGGGAGUUCAUUGCCGACGAAAUAAGGGACACGUUUAGGGUUUUGUUGCAGAUGGGCCUCGUCUUGACCUUCGGAGGACAGAUGCCCACGAUCAAGGGAGACAUCAUUAACGGUGAUACCUUCGAUGAAAAGGGUCGAGAGCCAGAUCCAAGACGGCUGCUGAAAGCCUACAGCCAGUCCGCAGCAACCUUGAAUCUUCUUGGAGCAUUUGCGACCGGUGGCUAUGCAUCCAUUGACAGAGUCACCGAGUGGAACCUUGGUUUCUUGGAUCGCCGCGAGCAAGGAGUCAGCUCUUAUGAGCAUGGCUUUCAACAGGUCCAUUUUCCUACUGUUCUUCUGUACAAGUCUCAUGGUUUGCAAGCUACAGUCAUCUCAAUAUCUCACAACUCCGUUCAAUAUGCCAAACCAUAG